UCGGCGGCUUUAGAAUAGUCCGGGACGUUUUCGAUGCAAGCACGCUACGCGAAAUGAGCGCACGUCUCACAAGUGCGCCGCUUUAUUUAGCGAUCGCGGCCGCUUUUCUACCACACGCGAGCCCAGUUGAAGGCUCCGGUGGUGGUGGAAUGUUCGGAGAUGUCAAUAUAUCAGCAAUAUUGGACUCUUUUAGUAUAAGUUACGAUAAAAGAGUAAGGCCCAAUUAUGGAGGACCGCCCGUGGAAGUGGGGGUUACCAUGUACGUGCUCUCCAUCAGCUCUCUCUCUGAAGUGAAAAUGGAUUUCACGCUGGAUUUCUACUUCAGACAAUUUUGGACGGAUCCACGCUUGGCGUACAAGAAGAGGCCAGGGGUAGAAACGUUGUCAGUAGGCUCGGAAUUUAUAAAAAAUAUCUGGGUUCCGGACACAUUCUUUGUCAAUGAAAAACAAUCGUACUUUCACAUAGCCACUACUAGUAAUGAAUUUAUACGCAUACAUUACUCGGGAUCUAUCACGAGGAGUAUCAGAUUGACAAUUACAGCAUCCUGCCCCAUGAACCUGCAAUACUUUCCCAUGGAUCGACAAUUAUGUCACAUCGAAAUAGAGAGUUUCGGCUACACCAUGCGAGACAUCCGUUACAAAUGGAAUGAGGGGCCUAAUUCAGUGGGCGUCUCCAGCGAGGUGUCACUUCCGCAGUUCAAGGUUCUUGGUCAUCGACAACGUGCUAUGGAAAUCUCCCUUACGACAGGAAAUUACUCAAGACUGGCAUGUGAGAUACAAUUUGUGCGUUCAAUGGGAUAUUAUUUAAUUCAAAUAUACAUUCCAUCGGGUCUCAUUGUAAUCAUAUCAUGGGUUUCAUUUUGGUUAAAUCGCAACGCGACCCCUGCACGUGUAGCGUUAGGUGUGACUACGGUGCUAACAAUGACAACCCUUAUGUCCUCAACAAAUGCUGCUUUACCAAAGAUAUCAUACGUAAAAUCCAUUGAUGUUUACCUUGGCACCUGCUUCGUUAUGGUCUUCGCCAGUUUAUUAGAAUAUGCUACUGUGGGAUAUAUGGCUAAAAGAAUACAAAUGAGAAAGCAAAGAUUUAUGACAAUUCAAAAAAUUGCUUCCGAGAAGAAAAUGCCGGUAGAUUGUCCAGCGGUUGAUGCCCAUACACUUUCUAAAAUGAAUACGCUUGGUAGAUGUCCACCUGGACGACCAUCGGAAGUACGGUUUAAAGUGCACGAUCCAAAAGUGCAUUCUAAAGGGGGUAUUUUAGAAAACACAAUCAAUGGUGGAAGAAACUCUGAGGACGAUCCUUCGGCGCAGCCUCCUCAGCUCAUACAGCCCGGGAAGGAUAUCAGCAAGCUACUCGGAAUGACGCCUUCUGACAUCGACAAAUACUCACGCAUCGUUUUUCCCGUCUGUUUCGUCUGCUUCAAUCUUAUGUAUUGGAUCAUUUACCUUCACGUAUCCGACGUCGUGGCUGACGAUCUGGUUCUUCUGGAAGAAGAUAAAUAGAGGGAUCUCAAAGUACCACUUAUUUUUCCACUCAUAAUUUAUUUUGAAUAAUAAUUUGAAACGUGCUAGGGUCAGACUUAUCAGCAAUUAAGUAGAAUAUGACGUAGUUGUUUAACAUUAAAACGAAAUGAAAAUGAAUUUGUAGACAUAAAUGCAUUUAGCUUAGAUGCUAGAAUAUCGCUAUUAAAGUAUAAUGUAUUUGUAUAUACUAAAAGACUUGAUUGAUACGAGUAGCGAAGAAUAGUUCUAACAAUAAGAAUUAGUAAUUCUGUUGUUAAGUCUGAAGAACAAGUGACUAACUGCUUUGUCAAAGGGUCUAUUUGGAUGAUAUUUACGUUUGGACAGUAAUUUAUGGCAUUGGUAAAUAAAAGCAAGCAAAGAUUUGAAUUUUGUAUGGAAUUACAUUUGGUUUCAAAUUAUUAUUACGUGGCAAAAUGAGUGGACGUAAUUAUGUUCCGCUUUGGAAAUUAUUCUAAUGCUCAAACUUUCUGCUUGAAGAGUUGAUUAGUUCAUUCAUUAUGUAUAUCAAAUGUUUGGAACAUAAAAAGUUUGCAAGUUGUAUUCGUGUGAUGAUGUUAGUUUUUUGUUUUAAAUGUAGUGGCAAAUAUCAUAUUGUUUAUAUUUAUAGAUUUAAUUUUAUCGUCAUAGCUUUAUAUGGAAAUGUGGAUUUAGUGUUCAUGGUUAAUUGACUAAAUAUUUCAGCUUUAAAUAUUGAUAUAAUGCAUGGUAAUUCUUAAAUUUAAGUUUCAAAAUAUCAUUAGGGCUUAAACUAUCUAUUGAACUUGGUAGUAAUGUUGUGAAAAUGAGUUGGUGUACUAUAAGUAGGUGUGCUGAUUUAAAAAAAGUCAUUUUAUUUUGUUGUUACUUUCAUAAUUUUUUUAGCGAAAUAAAAUUUGCUGCAUGCAUGCGCGUUAAAGUUUUUAAUAGCAUGAUAUAUUAUAUAAAUGUAACACAUAAAGGUUUGGCUUUUAGCUUCACAUCGUCUCAUACAAAUUUUGAUGGUUGAAAUAAUCGAAUGCAGGAAUAUUAAUUGCUUUUGUAAGUAAUGUUAUUAUAAUAUAUACAAACAUUAUAUUGCUGUCGUGUUUAAAUGAUUUCUUUACAGACGCUGUAAAAGGUUUUAAUUGAAAUGCUGUUAUUUCCGUUAAAAUGAUAGUUGAUAAAUUGAAUAGCAUUUAUUCAAAGUCGUGACAACACAGCGAUCGCAAUAAAUUCCGUAAUGUCUUUAAAACAAAGUGAAAAUAUUUUACAAGGAGACUGAGUGAUUUUAUAUGGCGAUGAUACAGUUGAUAUUUGACGUUUUCGCUUUCGUCUAGUCAAUGCACUGAUAAUUUUAGUAAUCGGACUUAUCUUUAAGGAAUCGAUUGUAAAUACGAUUAGCUGUUAGCUCUUAUGAUAUUAAUUAUUUUUCUAUUUAUCCCCUCGCAGUUGGUUAGACUCUUUAAUCGAUUAUAUCGAUUUAUUCGAUUAUAUAAACCUAAGCAUCUGUGAGGGUUCAUCCCGCAGUAUCGGCAGUCUGCAGAUUUAAUAACCUCGGCUUACAGCUAAAAUACGCUUACGUUUCCUCCAUUCGUACCAUUCUAACACAAUUCCUGCUGGUUUCCACAGUACCGUUGUAUCAUCUUAUUGAAUUGUGUUUCAUAAAAUAGUUUAGAUAUCGCACCGUAGUCCGACACAACGCUUUGAAUAGUGUAGUUAUUUCUUUCGCCCAUGUCUGUUGAAAGCUCCAUGUAGUCGACAAUUGAGCAUUAGAUCCGUUGUUAUAGUGGGAAUCGAGACCGCGCAGGCACUCGCGUUCUUUGCCCGAAAGAACACGAUAGCUUCGAUUGACAAUUCCUUCCUUAACAACACCACAAACCCUCGACUAUCUGACAUGCAGAGCUCCUGUCUUCAGCUAUGACGUGAAUGUACGCCUUUACAAACGGGUUCCUUGCUAGUUAAAAGUAAUCUUAAUAAGUAUCACUGCCCCAUCAAACACCGAAUAAUUUAGUUCUACCGAUCUCAAUAAUUUAGUAAAUAAAGCAAUAUAUUAUGUAGCACUGUAAUUGUACGUGUUGUUUUACGUAAUAACGAUAGAUGCCUUAUAGAAUUCUGAUAUCGAUAUUUACAUCGCAAUAACAUGAUUACACGUUUAUUCGUAUUUAUAUUGAUGUUGUCGAAGCGAUACUGUUAUGUACGCGAGUUUAUACAAAUUCUGCCUUAGCUAAGGUCGGAUUGAGAUAUGGGAGUGCAUAUAGGAAUCACGAAGCUAAAGGAAAAAGAACGAAGCAAAGUAAUGAUUCUAACAAAUUGUGUCAAUUAUUUUGACUAAAUGUGAAAAGGGAAAUAACAGUCGUGACCAACCCAUUUAGAAGAAAAGAA